AUGGCCAACGCAGGAGGCGGAGCGUACAGUUUCUCUCUCACAACAUUCUCACCAAGCGGGAAGCUCGUUCAGAUCGAACAUGCUUUAGCAGCGGUAUCGCAGGGGACAACGAGUCUCGGGAUCAAAGCCUCGAACGGGAUCGUUAUUGCUACUGAGAAGAAGUCAUCGUCCAUCUUGAUUGACGAUUCCAUGGUCGACAAGGUCGCCGUCGUUUGCCCAAAUAUUGGCAUCGUAUACUCAGGAAUGGGCCCCGACUUUCGUGUUCUGAUUGCCAGGGCUCGUAAGAGUGCUCAGGCGUACUGGAAGAUCUACGGGGAAUACCCCCCAACUCGCGUCUUGACGCAGGAACUCGCCACGAUCAUGCAGAAGGCCACGCAGUCCGGGGGUGUACGCCCGUAUGGCGUAUCAUUGCUAGUCGCGGGGUGGGACAUAACCCGCGGCCCCAGUCUGUAUCAGGUUGAUCCCUCCGGUUCAUUUUGGGCAUGGAAGGCAAGCGCGAUCGGUAAGAAUAUGGUCAACGCCAAAACAUUCCUGGAAAAACGGUACAACGAUGAUAUCAGUCUGGAGGAUGCCAUUCACACCGCUCUCUUAACGUUGAAGGAGGGUUUCGAGGGCCAGAUGACGGAGAAGACCAUUGAAAUUGGCGUGGUCACUGUGCCUACAAUUGAAGAGCUGGAACAGGGCAAGAUUGGAGGGGAAACAGGCCGUCCAACACCAACGUUUAGAAAAUUGACUGAAGAAGAAGUUAGGGAUUACCUUGCAUUGUAA